AUGGCAAGUCAAGCAGUUUAUAAACAAUCAAGUGACUGUCCCGGUAACCUUAAAUGGAGUACAAGAGCAACAACCGUAAUUGGUAAUGGUUAUGGAUCGCACUUUGAUCAAUUAAGCUUGCCUUCAGGUCUCUUUAUCGAACCUAAAACACAGAUUUUGUAUGUUUCUGAUAAUACUAAUAAUCGUAUUCAAAAACGUUAUCCAACUGGUGAAAUAAUAACAGCUGCUGGGAAAGCCGAUGGUACAGGUGGAACAACAUUAGAUAAAUUAUGGAAUCCAGUAGAUGUUGUUGCAGAUGAAAAUGAAAAUGUUCUUGUUGCUGAUUGGAAUAACCAAAGAAUUCAAUUUUGGAAGAAAGACGCGAAGAUUGGAGAAACAAUUGCAGGAAACGGCAGUAAAGGAGAAGCAUUGAAUGAAUUUAGUUAUCCAAGUAGGGUUGUACUCGAUUCAAAGAAAAAUAUUAUCGUUGCUGAUACACAAAAUCAGCGUAUUACACGAUGGUCACCCACGUAUGAUCCAAAAACAUCUACUGGUACAAUCAUGGCAGGAGGUAAUGGUGGAGGUCUUAAUCCAUAUCAAUUAAAUAAUCCAUUUGGUCUAUUUUAUGAUGAAUUAAAUCAAAUUUUUUAUAUAUCGAACCAUGACUCACAUUCAAUUACGCAAUGGGUUAUCGGUGAUCAUGAAGCUCGCAAUAUUUAUGCUGGCAUACCUGGAAGAUAUGGAAAUAGUUCAGCUCAAUUGUUUUAUCCAGAAGGUAUAACUCUGGAUACAUAUGGUAAUUUAUAUAUUGCUGAUUGUCAAAAUCAUCGAAUUCAAAUGUUUUGUCCAAACGCUAUAUUUGGUAUUACAAUAGCAGGCACGGGACAACCAGGAAAUAGUAGUCACGAAUUAAGUUAUCCAGGCGAUGUUGCAUUCGAUUCGGAACUUAAUUUAUAUGUUACGGAUACGUUUAAUAGCCGUAUACAAAAGUUUGAAAGAGUAAAAUAA